UAAAAUGUUAACAGCGAUUUUCAACGUUGCUAGCGAUAAGGAUAAGAACGCAUUGGUGGGCAUUGCUGGCACAGUUCAGUCGCCGAAGGGUCUUCAACUCAGACGCUUGCCUGUGCCCAAGUUCCGCCGCAUCUACUCAACUGCUCUACAACAUGAAGAUCGAAUGGGCGCCCGUCAAAGUGCCGCCCAAGCGUCGCUUGGAGACUUUGGUCACGGGACUCUUUACCCUGUUCUUCUUCACGCUGCCGCUGACUUCAUUUCUGACCAUGGCGCUGCUGCUGUACUUUGGCGGCUUUAUCAUACGCACUCUUCUGGUGAUCUAUACGGCCUACAUAUACAUCGAGCACAAACGCACCUACUCUGCCAUGGACGGCAAUGGCUGGAUGCUGAACCGCACGAACUGUCUGUACCGCAUAUAUCGUAAUUAUUUUCCCGUUCAAUUGGUGAAGACGGCCGACCUGCCGCCCAAUAGAAACUAUAUAUUGGCCAGCUUUCCACACGGCAUUCUUGGCACCGGCAUUUGCAUCAAUAUGGGCCUGGACAUUAGCCUUUGGCUGAAGCACUUCCCCCAGGUGCGUCCCAAGGUGGGGACACUCGAUCAGCAUUUCGUGAUACCCUUUCUGCGGGAUUUGCUGCGCUGGUGGGGCUUGGUGUCCGUGUCCAAGGAAUCGUUGGUCUAUUAUCUGACAAAGUCCAAUGACCCGAAGCAUUCGGACAAUCGCGAUGGCUUCACAUCCAACGCUGUGGCCAUUUUGGUUGGCGGCGCCCAAGAGGCGCUCGAUUCGCAUCCCGGCAAAUACAUUCUGACGCUAAAGAAUCGCAAGGGCUUCGUUAAGAUGGCCAUACGCACGGGCUCCUCGAUUGUGCCCACCAUUUCCUUUGGAGAAGUCGACAUCUUCGAUCAGGUGAACAAUCCGCCAGACUCGCUGCUGCGCCGGCUGCAGACAAUGGUCAAGAAGCUGACGGGCAUAUCGCCGCUAAUCCCCGUGGGUCGGGGCUUCUUCAACUAUACUUUCGGCUUUGUGCCCUACCGUCGACCCAUCGUGCAAGUUGUUGGCGCGCCAAUUGAUGUGGUCCAGAGCGCACAGCCGGAUCCGGCGUAUGUGGAUGAGUUGCACGGCAAGGUAAUGGAGGCCUUGGAGCGCAUGUUUGAUCAGUAUAAAGAUAAAUAUAUGCCGAACGCCACAAAAACACAACUUGUAAUACACUAAACACACGGAACAACUGUUUGGCGGGGCUGCCAACUCGCCCACAAAAGUGCCACAUUGGUAUUUACAACGCAAUCAAAUUCGGUCACACUUAAAGCUCGAGGCGUUACUUUUCAAAUGCCUUGGAGCGUAAUAUUGCCGGGCUUUUAAUUCAAAAUGAAAAUAAACAAAGCAAACGUGAUGUUAAGUGAUUAAACUAAAUACAAUUACAUAUAAGCAUUUAUCUAUGUUUAGCGUUUAGUUAAUUGUAUGCAAUAAAAAAGGUUAGUUGGUUAAUUGUAACGAAA